AUGGAUACAAAUAAAGAUAAUACAAUCCUUAUUCAACGUGUCAAUAAAAUUUUGGAAACAAGAUUGGACAAUGAUGAGGAGACUUUGGAAGCUCUCAAAAAUCUAUCGACAUUUUAUACAGAAAACACUGCUGAUAAUAGAAGGAACUUGAAGUAUCAAAUUCAAGAACGCACUUUGGCUAUGAAUGAUGAUUUUUUACAAGCAUUCCGAGAAGUUAAACUAGCUCUAGACUCUGUGCUGGAAGACGUCAAUAAAAUAGACAACUCAGCACAAAUUAUGCAAGACCGAUUAAAUCAAACAAAAAGGCAGACCCAUCAAUUAAUUGAGCAAACUAAUAGUCUACAAGAUGAAUGUAAGAAUCUAGAAGCCCAAAGAUGUGUAGCAGAAGCCUUUGUCAAACAAUUCCAAUUAUCCCAAGAAGAACUCGAUAGAAUCUAUGGUUCUGGCAAAAAUGAGAUGCCAAUCGAUGAUAACUUCUUCAAAAUCUUAGACAGGAUAAAACAAAUUCGAAACGAAUGCAGAAGCCUCUCACAGUUUGGAUUUAAAGUCAUUUCUGAUAUUAUUGACCAGAUGACUAUACAUGAGGAAGCUGCCUUAGAGAGAUUACACCGGUGGACACAAUCCCAUUGCAGGAAUGAAAGUGAUAAUCCACAAAUUUCUCAAUUAGUUCGAAGAGCUAUGAAUAAGUUGCAAGAUCGACCAGUAUUAUUCAAAUAUGUAAUGGAUGAAUAUAGCACAUCCAGAAGAGCAUUGUUAGUUCGUGCUUUUAUAGAUGCCAUGACUGUUGGAGGUACCACAGAGCCUCUGGAAAUGCACUCACAUGACCCUAAGAGGUACAUUGGAGACAUGUUGGCAUGGUUGCAUCAAGCGAUGCCUGAAGAAAGAGAAUGUUUGAAUUCUUUACUUAAAUGCUGUGACAACAAUGAUAUGUCGGAGCAUACACAAAGUGCUCUGUGUCACAUUGUGGAUGGUGUUUGUCAUCCGUUGAAGAUCCGGAUACAAAAAAUCAUUUCCUCAGAGAAACAAACUGGUGUUCUGUACUCCGUGACGAGUGUUAUAAGAUUUUAUCAAAAUCUUAUGAAAAAUUCUAUAUCGGGAGGAGUGUUAGAUGCAACCUUAACAGAACUGAUCGAGCAAUCUGAAAAAGCUUAUAUGGCAUCUUUGCAAGAAUUAGUUAACGAGCAACUCAAAGCAGGUAUAAACAACUCAGCACCCCCAAACGAUUUAUCUCCAAGUCAAAAUGUGAUAAAGCUCAUGUCGACAUUAAAAGAAAUUCUAUCAGUUGCAGCAAUCACUGAAGCAAAAGAAGGUGACACCAAAAAGAUCGUAUCCUGCGUCUUGGACCCCCUUUUAAGGGACAUUACAGAGGCAGCAUCACGUCUGUCGACAACUGAUAUGUCUGUGUAUUUAUUGAACUGUUUUUUCCACAUUAAGUGCUCUUUGGCUCUGUACGAGCAUACUGAUGAUAGACUUGAAAGGCUGCAAGCCCAAUGUGACGCCCAAUUGGACACUUUAACAUCAGAACAGGCCAGUUCUUUGGUGGUCAAUUUAUCACUGGGCCCUAUUUAUACAAUUUUACAAGACCAGAUUAAUCCGCCACUGUCUAAAGUGCCUGGAAUGGACGCCUCCAACUUGAAGAUAUUUGCUAAUAAAUUGGACAACUUAAUAGAAAUGCCAGAAGUUUUGUUGCUACCACAAGUCGGUUUGUUGAUUAGCAAUGCCCAUAGGAAAACAAUUCAGCAGAGAUCCUUUGAUGUGAUCAUUGCUAUUUAUACAAAGUUGUAUGAAAGUGUUAAUUUGCCUGAAAAUGAAUACAGGAACCCAAAAAAUUUGAUGAAGAGUCCUGAGAUUGUUAAACAGUUGUUGCUUGGUGAAAAAUAA